AUGCCCCAAUGCGGCUUCACAGGCAAUCUAGUUCAUCUUUAUAGCGCAUUUAUACAUACAUUAUUGAGAAACACAGAUGCUGUUUGCAUUGAAUCAGGGCUGAAACUAUGUUUAUUUAUCCCAUCACAUAUGCUGAAUGACUAAAUUGGAAUGGGAUAAAAUGGAUUAAACAUAAGGGAAUGCCACUGUUUCGAAUUCACCAAUUACCGUUACGCGGUGAGCAGUAUCUCUUUAUGGACAUAUCGCUAUUAUCAAUAUUGAAGCGCCAUGGAACUUAUUUCAUCAAUCAACGAUGUGGAUGUCUCCAUUAGUGACAUGUUUGAUGAUUCGAACCCAUCAACGUCAAGGAUGCUUCAGGAUUCUCCCGCACAAUUUGCUACAUUGGUAGAACAUGCAUCUUCUGCUGACAAUUUAUGCAAAUCAAGUGGGACAAAUGAUUUUAAGUUAUCAGGGCAAGAUGCCCUGCUAUAUGAUCGGCAAAUUCGCCUUUGGGGCAUUGAAGCUCAGCAGAAAAUUAUGCGUUCAAAUACAUUGUUACUUGGUAAGAAUGGCAUAUUGGAGGAGACCAUGAAAAAUCUGAUAUUGUCAGGGAUGCGGGUGACUUUUGCCAAUGAUGUACACGUGACUCCAGAGGAUGUGGCUAACAGUUUUUUCUUACGAGAAUCUGACAUAGGAAAUAACCAUGCCGAAAGUUUAGUUUCAAGAAUGCGGUCGAUGGCAUCAGAUAAGCACAAAGUUACUUUUUUCAAAUCGACAUUGCUUGAGGAUAAUAUUUUCAAUGAUCUUCCACUUAGCCAUAAUAUCGACUUCGAUUUGAAACAAUUCGAUGCCAUAGUCUGCGCCAUGGAAUCGUAUGAUAUUUUGAAAUUGAUACAUCUGGAUGAAAUAUGUAGGACAAAUGGUAUUGCAUUCUUCGCCUCAAAGGGAAACUACACGCAAGGUUUUUUUUUCCAAGACCUCAAUAUUCAUACAGUAUCGGAAAAGAUGUCACGGUCAGCUGGGAACGUUAUAAUUAACUAUCGCAGCCUUAAGGAUGCAUUAUCUGAGCCACAACUUCCUAAUCGUUGCGAUGAUGCCAUUCGCACAGUAUUAGCAUAUAUCUUGAUGCAGAAAGAGCACUUGAAUAUGGAUUAUAAUUUUUUCACUCGUGAUCAUCAUAUGGAUCAACUUCAGGUCAUUUGCAAUAAAAUUGGCGCAAGUGUUGAGGGUGUUUUACAACAUGUUAAGAACGAUGGGAAGUACUUUAGCAUUACAAGUGCUGUUCUGGGUGGAUAUAUAGCAUUGGAGAUAAGGAAGUUCAUUACGAAGCAACAUGAGACAAUACCCAGCCUUUGCGUUUUUGAUAUGGAAAGGUCUACUGUUGUAACAUCGAUGGUCUAAUA